CUCAGACCCAACGGUUGAAGAGAAUGCGAGUGAGCUGGUGACAUCAAAUUGGGAAAUCGGAUAGACCAUUGUGUUCACACUGUGUACAAAUGAUUAGAUUCAUUAAACUGCUGUUUUCGGCUGCUGACUGAGUGACUCUUCACUGAAGGAAACACGCAAAAACCCUAUAGGAUAAAACACAGAAGCCUGCACAGAAAGCGAAUAAUUUUCGAGGACAAAUUUGCCAACUGCUCAAAACAUAGCAGAGACAAGGAAUGUUGUUUGACACCCGCGGUGCACUGGGUGUGUGGGGUGUUGGUCAAAGAACGCGAUUUAGCGAGGGCUGGUGAACCCGUGGUAAGCCAGACAGGGUUACUAAGUUUAGUGUUCGGGUCAGCUGGUGGCCUGCGUUGAUGAGGUCGUUUGGUGUCUUGUGAAGGUUGUAUGGAACUAAGCUUCCAUGCGAAUUGCAGCCGAAAGAAUUAGCAGGCAAAUCGGUUUGACAGUAUUUCUUUUACCUUGUCCACGGACAGAUCGGGGACAGUUGUCGGCUAGUUUCGGUAGUGUCGUCUCGACGACACUUAUUCGAAAAGACGGACCUUUCCCUCACCGAUACGAAAACUGCUUUUUCAUCAAAUGGACUAAACGGAUUACUAGUUUGUACUCCUUUAUUGCAAGGUUUCCAGUGUCAUCUCAGUACGCUAUUAAAGCAGGUGCUGAAGAAGUGUGGGAAACGCCGUCAGUCAUGGGUACCUGCUGGAGUUCAAAGAGAUACUUUUACUGGACAUGUACGGCACCUGAAAGCGUUGAAGUAAAUGCUUGUUUACUGUCAUUCUACGCAGAGAUUGUACGUGCAUUUCUUCGUCUCAUAUGUUUGAUGAUAUCAUCGUCAGUAGUCAACGUAGUAAUACUCAGACUAAUGAUAAGUUAUUAGUGGCGGACAGAAAUUAAAAACUAAAACAGUUCGUGAAAACGGAUCGUCGAAUAGGGAUCUAACCCGACACUUAAUGCUUGCUGGUCCCGUGUCCUGCCUACUGUCACAAAAGGCAAUUCAAGUUUUUUUCUCAUUAAGGAGACCAUAGUCUCGACAGAGGCAACGAUUGCUCCGGUCAUAAAGCCGAGAACAAAAGUAAAUCAACGCAGCAGGCUUUCUCGGCUACAGCUUGUUCUGAUGAUAGCACGGCUUCAGGGGCAGAUCAAAUGGCUUCAGGAGGUGCGUCAUCUUCAGGUUUGCUGCAGGUGAUUGGAGCCAGCGGCAGUAGCAGAGCUAGUCCUUUAGAGCCACCAUCGCCAACUUUCUCCCGGACCUCGUCUGAAGAUCGAACUACUUCGUGCCUCGGUGGUAGCUGCAAGAAGCCGCAUGUCACUUCGCCACCAAAUAGCCCCGCUGAAAAAGAUGACCGCCAAAAGGAGGAUUUUAUCUCAAACAUAUCCAAUUAUUUGUCUCGGAAAUUGGGCUUCUCUUCUGAAAGAGACCAUUCCGGAACGGCUUGUUCAUCGCAGCCAGCGCAUUUCCUUGAGGAACCUACCCUCGAAUCGGUGGUAAAAUACAUUCAAAGUGACAAGUGCCGCAAUGUGAUUUUUAUGGUUGGAGCUGGCAUUUCGACAGCUGCAGGCAUUCCCGACUUCAGAAGUCCGUCGAUGGGUAUCUAUUCGAAGUUAGGUCGGUUCAACUUACCAUCUCCCGAAGCCAUCUUCGAUAUCGGCUAUUUCUACAAAAAUCCUGCGCCGUUCUUCGAGCUAGCCAAAGAGCUUAUGCCAAAAAAACUUAAGCCUACAAAAGCUCAUCAUUUCUUGAAACUUAUGUAUGAUAAGGGUCUUCUGCUCCGUCUUUACACGCAAAAUAUCGACACGCUUGAACGGGAAGCCGGGAUUCCUGACGCGAAACUCGUGGAAGCCCAUGGUACCUUCCAUACGUCGCAUUGCCUCGAUUGUCACGAACCUCAUACGUUCGAAUGGAUGAAAGCGGAGAUAGCCAAACCGAACAACAUUCCCAAAUGCAAAAAGUGUAAAGGGAUUGUAAAGCCGGAUAUCGUUUUUUUCGGAGAAAACCUCCCUGAACGGUUUUACCGUUUGGCAGAUGAGGAUUUUGCGAAAUGCGAUUUGCUAGUCAUCAUUGGCACAUCCCUUCAAGUUCAACCUUUCGCAGGGCUCGUCGACCGUGUGCAUUCGGCAGUUCCUCGGCUUCUAAUCAACCUCGAAAAGUGUGGUCAUUCAAGGGAUUUGGUGUCGCGGUUGCUCGGCUUCGGCUGCGGUUUGGACUUCGACUCUGAGAAUAAUUAUCGGGACGUAGCUUUGCUUGGCACCUGUGAUGAUGGUUGUGAGGAACUUGCUCGCAGACUGGGUUGGCAGGCCGACCUCAAGCGGGUUAUUGCUGAUUACGAAAAAUCGCUUCUUGCGGACUGACAAUUGCUUACGCUGAAGCAGUAUGUAUCGAUACCUGUCGACCAGUUAGCCGCAGAUAUAGUGAAUAUUACUAGUGACAGAAAUCGACACCAUAAUGAUGAGCAACAUUUUCUUCACUAGCUACGCAUAGCCGCUUAGUAAACGGUACAUUAAGAAAACGAAUAUGCGGAUAGCAAGUGGCCUAGCGGGGAAGCUGUCGCCACGGCGGAACUGAGCCGGAAGAAAACGGAAAUGAUGAUGAUUCGAUUGUGAUGUUGACGAUGAAAAUAAAGGACGCGGAAGGCAAGGGAACGGAAAGCAGAGUAAUGGCCUGACAUACAUUUGGCGAAAUAAACACGAAAAGACCUGGAGAGCAUGAGCCGGACGCCGACGCGCAAGGAACGCAGAUGUAGUUGGAGAGCAUGAACGAGCAGUAUGUCAUAUACUAGUAGUUGAAAAAGAUAUGCCGAGUGCCAGUCGAUAUAGAUGCCAAAGUUGUGCAGAACGAAAGGAAUAUCUUCAUUGAUGGUAUAAGUUGAUGGGAAUGGGUGUUUCGCCGCAGUCCGCUUGCCGAUAUCUUCUCUUCGUUAUCCUGGCAAUAAGCACGGCGCAGUUGCAGCAGCAGGUAAAUGCAAGCAAAGUAUAACAUAGUUAGAGAAAUAUAAGCCAAUGCAGAAAUAGCGAGGCGGAGUACGAAGGCUAAACAGCAGGGCGGACAGACGAUGGCCACGAAAAUCUAAACGACCAAAAGACUGGCAGUUCGGUUUUUACGGCAAAGGCUGUAGCAGGCAAAAACAGCAGCAGCAGAAAAUGAGAAAAAAUCCACACAAAUUAAGAUAAAUAUAUCUAGAUAGAAAUGAGUACCUCGAGCCACAACAGGUGACUUGGGGGUAAAGUUUCCACAACAAAAGACAAUGAGCCUUUUUCCCCAUCUUCCCUUGGUAAGUAGACAGAAGAUAGUGUCAUCAUUAAUAAUGAUUAUAUAUAAUAUUGUAGGUGAUUGUUUGUAUCAGUCAAUGCGGUCGAUCGGUGGUAAUAUGUAAACAGCGCUUACAUAUAACGUGUACUACAUAUAUAUGAUGCUGAUAUUUUCAGCUAGUCUUUGGGCGACCGUUGUAACAGACGCAUCGAUCGAUGGAUGGUAGAGCGAUGCUGAUCAAUGUGUAGGUCAAUGUUGAUUCAAUGCGUUUAUUAGGUUCAGCAGAACAGCCGUGUAGUUUGUGGAACCUCUUUAUUUAACAACUGUUGGAAACAAAAAAAUAACUAAACUACGACUUUACUAUGGACAAUAGAAAUAAAAAUUAAACAACAGCUUCAUUUUACGACUUCUACUGGACUGAAUAUUUUAGCUUUACCUUUAGCGUCCUUAAUCAAUUGAAGCCGAGUCGAGGAUGGCGACCGGAAAAUUUAAUUCUAUCCGUUGUCUAGUUUGCGGAUGAUUAGAAAUUUCAAAGUAGGGGAAGGAGUUCGUAUGCACACUCGCGUUUCUUCUAGUUACUUCGACGACGAAAACGGACUUCCCUUUCAAGGAUUAUCACGGGGGUAAAAUCUUAAUUCAGAGGCCUCGUGUUAUAGCGAUAACGGCAUUUUCCUUGUCUAAACACACCUCUAUCAAAGCCUGUUUUUG